AUGAGCGUAUCCAAUACCUCUGACAGUAAUCUGAGCGACGAGACCGCAGAUCGUGAUUUUAUGUAUAGUGAAGGCCAAGAACCUAAAAAUAUUUUAAUCCCUGAAGCUUCAUAUUUUCCUCUAGAUGUAGAAAACUAUAGUGGAUCCAAUAAUGAGCUAACAUGUGAAGUUAAUAAUAUGGAUAAUGAUGGGCCAAUAUCUCAGGGUCAGCCCUCUAAUGAGAACUAUACCAAUGAUGGCUGUAAUAUAUCUUCUGAUCAUUCAUCUUUAGAAGAUAAUCAAAUUAAUGCUAAUCAUGGUGCUGUGGAUGUUAAUAAACUAAAUUGGGAUUCGUUAGACGAUAAGGAUAACCCACAAAAUUGGUCAAAAUGGAAGAAGUUGUAUGUUACAUAUUCUGUUGCACUCAUAUGUUUAUCUGUUACCCUUGGUAGCUCGUUAUAUGUUGCUGGUGUGCCAGAAUUGGUGAGAGCGUUUGGAGCUUCGCAAGUGCUUUGUAUCUCUGGCUUAACGUUCUAUUUACUAGGGUUGGCAUUUGGCCCCGCGGUGGCUGCACCAUUAUCUGAAGUCAUCGGUCGCCGGUGGAUAUAUGUAUUCUCGUUACCGAUUUCCAUGUUAUUUACUAUGGGUAUCGGCUUAUGCCAAAAUAUUUAUUCUAUUCUUAUUUUAAGAUUUUUCUGUGGAUUCAUCGCUUCGCCUGCAUUAGCUGUUGCAGGUGGGUCAAUUAGUGAUCUUUGGGAUCCAUCGGAAAUUGGAACUGCCAUGGCUACUUUCUGUUUAGCCCCCUUCCUUGGUCCAGUUUUAGGACCUAUGAUCGGUGGUUUUGCGGCUGAGCACAAGGGUUGGAGGUGGACAAUGUGGGUUUCCUUAAUCAUUUCUGGUGCAGUUCUUCCGUUCGCAAUAUUUCUUCCUGAAACGUAUAAACCCAUAAUCUUGGUCAAAAGAGCAGAAAAAAGAGGAAUGAAGUUGAAUAAGCAACCAAUAGACAAGCUAUACUUUAAAGACAUGGCAAAAAUCACAUUGUUGCGUCCAGUGGAGAUGUUGGUUGUAGAACCAAUUGUUAGCGUCUUUUCUAUCUAUGUUUCGUUCAUCUUUGCUGUAUUAUUUGGGUUCUUCGAAGCAUAUCCCGUUAUCUUUCAAGGUGUAUACCAUAUGGACCUAGGUGUUUCAGGACUACCCUUCAUUGGAUCGGGUGUCGGACUACUUAUAGGUGUCACCUUUUUCGUCAUAAUGGACAAGUUCGUUUAUAACCCUAGAAACCAAGAUGGCACCCGAGGGAGGAGAGACGAGAAUGGGAAAUUGAUUCUAUCUGCUCCAGAAACAAAACUACUACCAGCAAAAAUAGGUGCGUUUUGCCUCCCUAUAUCGCUUUUCUGGUUAGGCUGGACAGGCAGAACCGGUUCCAUCCACUGA